CGCAAGAGACAACGAAGGCAUGCCAACGACGGGCUAAUGUCCAGUCAGCAAAGUGAUAUCCAACCGACGAAUCACGAAAGGGACGAGAAACCAGAUACUAGUUUAUUACCGCCACCGCCUCUCCCAGCUCAGCGCGUCUACUAUUCUUACUUCGAUCCUCAAAAUGAAAUAUUAGAAGAUCAGGAUAGGGACCAUGACCAGUACCUGACCGAAGCUAAGCGACUAAAGCAUAAUGCCGAUGAGGAGAGCGAUCUUACGGCACAAGGCAUGAUGUAUCUAGAGGCUGCUCUGUAUUUUCUUCUAACAGGCGAUGCGAUGGAAUCAGACUCAGUUACAGAAAAAGCAUCGUAUACUAUGUACAAAGAUACUCUUAGUCUCAUCAAAUACAUCUCGUCGAAAUUUAAGAGCCAACCGAACAACUCACCUGAGAAUAGCAUACACACUAAGCUGGCUAUCUUGAGCCUUUGGUGUCAAUCACGUUUGUACUCCAAACUAUAUAACAUGCGUAAACAGGAAAUGAAAGAAGUCCAGAAGAUCGUUAAUGACUUCAAUCAAAAGCAAUCUCAGCAAUCAGCAGCUCAGACAACACCAGCUCAGGCGGAAGGACAGGGCACGCCUUCUCUUUCACCAACACCAUCGCCCGCUGGUUCUGUAGGUUCCGUCGGUAGUCAAAGUUCCUCCGGAUAUAGCAGCGGUGGACAACACCCGGCACAACAACAACAACAACAACAACAACAACAACAACAACAACAACAACAACAACCGGCACAACAACCACCGGUACAACAACCACCGGUACAACAACCACCGAUACAACAACCACUGGUACAACAACCACUGGUACAACAACCACCGGUCAAUAGCCAUAUUAGCGUGCCAUUGCAAGUCUUUAAUGCGAUGAUAAAGCAAAAUCAGUGUUCAGGCUUACUUAUGAAUGGCCACGACCUAUGGGACCAGGCAAUAAAGCAGGCGAGACAGGAAGAGAAUAGAAGCUUUUUCAUCGACUUGGAUCGAAGAUUGGGACCCUUGACAUCGUAUAGCUCGCUACGUGAGCUUGUGCGUUACGUUCAAGCGGGUAUAAAGAAAUUGCGAGCUCUCUGACCACAGUGGCAUAGCCCCCGACCACCCACUCCAAACUACGUUACCUCCCUUCCACAAAAUAUGGUCACUUACCCGACCAUGUACACGUAGUUGCGUAGCGUCGUUACGUCGGUCACUGUGACUUGUCCAUCAACAGCCGGCGAUGUAUGGAAAAUGGGAAGGUGCGAUAAUGAUGAUACAGCGAAAUCAUGGACUAUUUUCUUUGUGAGAAGUGAUCUCUGAGGAGAGGGAGGGGGGUGCAACCGAAUCGAUAACGGGGGUCACAGCAAUCUAGAAAAAGGAGAGAAAACGAGAGCAACUCGUGAGAUUCUCCUUUAGUCGGACGACGUAGGGGCAUUCUUGAUAUAAAUUUAGCAGCAAGUUUAUAGUCAAUUGCAAAGCGCGUGCCUGAGGGGGCGAGUGGAAAAGCGACCGAUCGAGAGAGAAGUCGUUUUAUCUUAACACGGUGCAUAAACGAACCUCGUGCACUUUGUUAGAGCACGUGUUACUUACUCUCGAGGCGUAAUGAAGAAUCGUUGGGCGGAGAUGAUAUCGAGACACUCGCGAGUGCAUUAGAUUUCUAGCAAGCCGCAGUGAUAACUCGUGUCUAUUUUUUCCGAGGUGUCCGCUUUUGUAAGUUAACGCAUAGAUAUCGACACGAGACUGGGGGGAGGGGAAGGGAGGGGAGAAGGGGGGAUAAGGAAGAAAAACCGAAUACGAGAAAAGAGAAGUAAAACCACUGAUGGGGUAGAAAGAAGUGCCACGUAUAAGCGCCCGUGUGUUCUCGCUUCACGGUGCGCCCGCAGCCGACGUUACCUGAAGCAUGAGUAUCGUUUCGGCGAUUCAAGUGCGAUGAAUAUAAGGGAUAUACCUAUUUAAUAUAUAUAGUUUAUUACCUAUAUAAAUAUAUAUAAAUAGUUAUAAAGAUAAGAAUAUAUUUAAUGACGCGAAAAGAGAUAAAGCAUCUCGCGCACCGGCGCCGCGUUUCAGUAUAGGGGAACAGAUGACAGUUGUAUUCGCGAAUGUGAGGAGAUAUCGUGAUAACAUGAAAAAGAAAGGGAGAUAGAGGAGCAGGAUUAGAGUGACUUCGAUGGAGGGAUACGCGAGCAACAGGAUCAACAACCAGGAUCAAGCGAUAUGCUAUAGUUAAACUAUAGUUUUAACGUUUGCGUGCGAAGCACACGACUCUUUUUUGUAGAUAGAUGGGGGAAGUAAUUUAGAUUAGAGUAAUUAAUAUGCAAACAGGAAAAGCAGUAACAGAUGCGACUACCAAUACAUAUUAUUUACAUUACCUAGAGUUAAUCGGGAAAAUAAGUAGAGGUGCGAUCUAGUGCGAUUGAAAAGUAAAGGAGAAAAAAAUAAUAGUAUACCGCAUACACACAUAUACCAAUAGCAUAAUUUAAUGAAACGCAAGCGAGGGAAGAACAAAGCGAGGUAAACGCACGUUAAAAAUUAGGAGGUGAAUAAUGGCAAAAUAUAUUUGCGAAUAAUAAGUGACAAAUAUAAUAUUCGAGAUUACUACUCGCAAAUAAAUUUUGCCUGGAUACCGAAGAGGUGAAUGUCCCUCUUGCGCGCAUGACAUGAGAUGCUAAUGGAAAAAUAAUGAGAAGAACAGGCGCAAGCGGAUAAGCAAGUUGCUCAUGUGUAUAUUUUUGUAAAUAGAUAUUUGUGAGUGCCGCCGUCUUGAGGGCGACCUACCGUUGUUGAGUUUGCGGUAGAUCGGCCCGCCCCAAUUUUUGCUACCACAGAUCUUGUCGAGAAUCGGAUAAGAGAUUACAAAUAGGGAAAAAAAGAGAUAUGAGAAUACAUAACGAAUCGACACACGACGAAAUGUCCGUUGAAUUUAGUUUCGAAAGAGAAACAUGCUCUCCGCGCUUUUUUUUUCCUUUGAGAACGGCAUUUACAUUGCUCUCUCAGAUUUUCUGAUCUGUUUUCCGUUUUUACGAUCGCUUCUCGAUCGGAAAAUCUUAUCGAAGAAAAUUAUAAACGUGCGUCGCGGUAGCUUCGUUGUUCCCAAAUUUACCGGUGAUUUGAUUCACCUCACUUUUUAAACGCAUCUCUUCUCCCGCAUUCGAUCGAGGAAGGCUCGAGUAGAUUGCGAUUUAGCAGCAGGAAAUAACGUGAAUGGCACUUCAGAGUUUCAUUUUCUCGAUAAAACGUGAAAUUUGACGAAACGAAUUAGUGAAUUAGAAGUUUGAACCCACAAAUCGAAGGGAUUCUUAUCAAAUCUGAGAUCAAUACAAUCCCAUAGUUUAAUACAUAUCCUAAAUUUAAUUCUUCUAAGUGAUUAACAUCGCCCAAUCAGAGGAUGUGACCGACGGGCAUAUUCUGAGACCGUAGGACCAAUUAUUAUUUGUAUAACUGUUACAAUAAAAUCGUAUUAUCCCAUUGCUGACAUUCUGUUGGCAAUGCCAGAAAAGAUGAAUAUAAAAGAAAAACGCAGGCGGAUUGGCGGGAUGACGACGGCCCAUAGUUAUUAAGCGCGGUCCAAUGGUUCACGGGAUACAAUUUUAUAUUUCACGAGUGUGGUAAAGGAUAAAGAGAAGAGACUAAAAGAAAAAAAAAAUAAAAUUUUAAAAAAGGAAAAGAAGUCUAUUAAGGAGCUUCGAGAAUAUUUUCGAGACACAUAUUUAUAGCAGAUACAUAUAUCAGGCCUAUUUUCCCGCCAGACCGUCCGUCCGAAAAAAAUGAACGAAAUGCAAAUUCGAGAUAUCAAAUCGCAAGUUCGAUGUGAUUUAUCGAGGAAAUGAAAAUAAUAGAAUAUUUGUUACGAUUGCAUGCAGAGGACGAGUGGAAAAAGAGAUUGUCGGUUUAUGUAAAUAAUUAUCGGUUCUUAGGUAGAUUUUUCUUUUUAUAAUGUUCUUUUUGAUAAUUUCGGGCUGAUGUAUGUUCCUGUAUGACUUCCAAAGAUAAGUAAAAGGUGCUGUCACUCCGUAAGGGUGCCGCGUAAAGCAGCAGCGAAUUUAGAUCAGAAAACAUUCGCCUCUUUUUAGUUCUUUUGUAGGUCCUUUUUGCUUUUUUUCUUUUGAUCCCUUCUCCCCCUUUUUUCUGUAUCGAUCAAUGUAGUUGCAUCAUGAAAUUGCGUCGCGCGAUAUUUUUUGCUACAAUUCUAUUAUAAACUAUUAUUAAACUCAUCGUUACUGUUAUUGUUAACAUUGACGAUAUUAUUGGCGAUAGACAACAAUUCAGUAAAAAUAAUAAUGCUAGAUAUAGAUGGUAUAAUUAAUAAUAAUAGUAACAGUAACGAUGUUACUAUUUACUAUGUAAUGGUUAUUAUAUUAUGAAUAAUAUUAUAUCGUUAUUCUUUCUUUGAGAUAUUUUAACGAGUGAGAGCGUAUAAGACGAAGUGAUGCGUGAAGAGUGGAAUGCGGAAACAUUGCGCGUCGCGCACAUAGAAUGUACAUUAUUCCUACUCAUUGCGAAGCUGUGGGGGUUUCAAUCGGACAGACAUGGUCGUGCGAUAGAUAUCGCCCUCGUAUCUGUAAAAGACCUUAAUAGAAAGUUUGAUUGCGCCGUUUGA